AUGUCGUCUAUAUUGUUCUGGAAUUGCAGGGGAGCCAGAAAGAGAGAGGCUUCGCUCUAUCUAAAAGAAGUUGUUCGGGAUCAUAAGGUAGUGUUUAUUGGCAUUAUGGAAACUAAACUAUGUAAUAUUGACAGAUAUGACGUGGAUUGCCUAAUUAGAAGUGAGUGGGAUUUUUUUCAUCAGCUAGCAGUGGGAUUAUCUGGAGGCAUUUUGACUCUCUGGAACAGAAAUAAAGUUUCCUUUAUUGUUCAAAAUAGUUCGUCUCAAGUUGUUAUUGGAGUUCUUUCCACUCCUUCAUUGGGAGAUUGGAAAGUGGCAACGGUGUAUGGGAGUAGAUGUUGUGUGGAGAGAAGUGAUCUUUGGUGUAUUCUUGAGAAGAACAUGAUAAGCCCGAACCCUUCUUUAAUAGGGGGAUACUUUAAUUGUGUUCCUAAGAAGGAAGAGAAGAAGGGUGGGAAGAGAUUCAUCUUCUAUAGAGGACCUAGAGAAAUAAAGAGCUUUAUGAAUAAUGCUGAUUUUUAUGAUGUAGGUUUUAUUGGACCAAGUUAUACUUGGUGUAACAAUAAGGAAGGUUCAUCAAGGAUAUGGGAGAGACUAGACAGAUGCUUGGUAAAUUCAUCUUCCUUGCAUUUGGUUCCUGCUGGUAGAGCUAGGCAUUUAGCUCGUGUGGCAUCAGAUCAUUGUCCGAUUGUUUAUAGUAUGGAAGCUUGGCAUUCUAAUAAAGAAAAGCAUUUCAGAUUUGAGGAUAAAUGGAGAUUAUAUCCAGCUGCAAGAGGUAUAGUAUACAAAUCUUGGCUGAAAAAGGACUUUGGGGAUGAGGUGGAAAUUCUUCAUAGAAAGAUUAAAAGAACCUUGAAGGCCCUAUUCUUUUGGAAUAGGAAUAAGUGCAUUGAUCUGUGCAAGCUAAAAGAUGAGUUGAAGAAGGAUAUUAUUGAUUUACAAACCAAAGAGAUGUCUGAUGGUGGUCUCUCAGGUGAUGACUUGUGCCUCCUUAGGCAUAAGGUCCAUGAAUUGAAUAUUACUUUGAAGAGAAUUGCAACGUGGUGGAAUCAAAGAGCCAAGACUAGAUGGAUGGAGGAGUGA